UAAAGCCUCACUCGGCUUGCUAUAAUACACCUCGGUCAACUUUGCCUUCGAUCAGUCGACUGCCUACAGUCGCUGUUGACAGUACACACACACACGUAAACAAAGACAAUGCCUCGCGUGGCGAAAAUGCUCAGCUUCCUCCUGCUGGCCAGCAGCCUCCUCCAGGCCUCGUUGACGUCGGCCUUAUACACCUACAACAGGUACAGCCCGGGCCAGAAUCCGAUCUUCGACCUGCACUCGUACGAGAACGCCAGUCGGGUGUUCGCCGUCUGCGACGAGUCCAGCUCCACGUACCAGCAGUGGGCCUCGCCCCAGAGCUGGUGUCUGGUCACCAAGAUCGACGAUCGGGGCUACCAGCGCCAGUGCAGACUCGGCUUGAGCACGACCACCGUCCAGCCUGGCUCCAUGCAAGUGUGGCGCUUCGGCGCCGACCGAGCCAUUCUCAACUGGAUCGACUCGAGCCAGCCCGCCGGUAAGCGGUGGCGACCGAUGGUCGUGCGCUUCAGCGACUGCACGAUCUACGAGGCCGAUUCCCAACGACUGCGGGGACUCGAGCCCGUGAGCCUCGUCGUCCACGACACCUGGUUCGUCGCCGUAGUCAACAGCGAUCGUCGUGGCGAGCAGUGCUACGCCGCGCCCUCCCGCAACCGCGACGUGCCCAGGUGCUGGAUAAGCUUCGACGAUCGCGCCGGAGUCAUCGGCGGGCCCAGGCGCUGGUUCUAUCAGGCGGUGCGCGACAACUCGAUGAUCCUCGUCCCGCUGGAGGCGGGCGCACCGGGCCAAGGCUAUCUGCUCAUCGACACGCAUCAGCGUCAGCGUUCGACCGUCGCUCGAGUCUCCAUCCUUGAGCACAGCGGUCGGCUCGUGCCUCUGCAGAAUUACACGAUUCUGGACGCCGACUCGACGGACGUCGACCCGUACGAGAGGAUCGCCUACUCGACGCGCAACGGCUACAUCGGCGUCUGCGCCAGGACCACCGGCUCCUCGCCCACCCAGCUCACCUGCCACCAGUGGAACAGACGCGGCCAGUUGAACCUCGAGACGUCGUUCGUCGUGGGCCAACACCGACACUUGCACGAGUUCGCCGUGAUGAAUCUGCCCGGCUACGGAGGUAUGCUCCUGCUCACGGCCGACUGCCAGGACGUCGCCUGUCGCAACUCCAACAAUUUCCACUACGUGUCGAAGAUCGAGAGCGACGGUAGCACCGGAGUCUCGGACUCGAGGUGGUUCCCCAAGUACGAGUGCGACAGGCGGAUCAAUCGGGCCGACGCCCAGAUCUACCAGCGUCCCGGCCAAUAUUGCAUCAGCCAGGUCUGCUACGAGGACUUCUUCGUCAACGAUUACAAGGAUCCGGGCCAGAGGCGAAGCAGAGAGUUCAGAAUAAACACGCAGUGCUUCGGCGAGGACGAGCUCGGCGGCGGCGGUAGCCAAGGAGGACCCAACGGGCAUCAUAAUAAUUAUCCCCUGGAAGAGGAACAAAAGCAGACGUGGUGGAAUCAAUAUUUCACCGAGUGGUAUAUACAGUGAUUGUGUGUCUUGUUUGUACGCACACACACACACACAUAUGUAACAAGUCGCGCAUUGUGUGACGAUCGAGAUUUCUGUUUAUGUCCCGUUUGAUAUAAUAGUUUUACAUGUACUGCUUACGAUCGAGUUUUAGAAUUAAUUAUAUGUAUACAAAUUUGACAUGACUUGGACGUGGAAUAAAUAAAUAAUUUUCUAUAUACAAUUGAAA